AUGCUCAUCAGCGAGCUUGUCGACUCUGAAGGCGAACACUCCCACACUGACGAUAGCGCCCCGCAGUCGCCGUUACCGCUUGACGAAGUAAUGGCGACAAUAUCCCAAGAGGACAACCACAUGCUUAUGGCCAUCAUCAAUCAGGCAAAACAGAUGGAAGCUCAGUGUCACCGGAUGGCGUCGAGAUUCCGUGUGACCAUGGUGUCAGAAGUGGAGUACAUGCAAGAGCAAACUACCCACUCCAAGCUCUCGCCAUUGAUGCUUGAUAUCAUGCAAAACCAAACCGAUUUCAAAAGCCGCUACGAAAAACACAUUGACCGAUUCAGCGAGAUGUACAACCGCAUAGCAUUUGCCGAGUUUGAACUGCUGCAAAAGUUGAUUGACCAUGUAUCGCGGAUUGAGGCAGAAUUGGUUAACUGUCUCGAAGCCGACGAUAAGGAAAUGCUUGCCCGGUGCUAUCAGGACUACGUCGUCAACCACUACUUCUUUGAGAAGAAAUUCUUUGUUUAG